AUGGAGGAUAAAUCACAGCUAAGAGUCACGCUGUGCUGUAUGACAUAAUUUGGUUCAACCGCCACCUCCCCGCCGCGGCUGCAGCCAAAGGGGGCUUUCACGCCUGCCCAGCUAACGUACUGGUCGAACAAUAUCCAGGGUCUCAAUGUGCCAGAGAAGUGCUCACGCCUGCUCAAAAAGCUGUGGGCCGCGAGAGUGUCAAUGGUGUUCUUGAAGGAGACGCACUUCAGAGGCAGCGAAGCACCCAAACUAGAGAAUCGCCGCUUUCCAGCAGGAUAUUACGCAAACCACCCGGAUGCCAGGAAGGCAGGGGUGGCAAUAUUGUUCGCACACACGGUACCUUUCCAAUGCACGGCGACAUUGGCAGAUCCUAAUGGGCGCUACCUUUUUCUCAAGGGCACCAUAGCAGAUCAUACAUAUACCUUUGCAUGCCUGUACAGUCCCAACAGAAGACAACAUAUCUUCAUAAACCGAACCCUAACCAAGCUGGAGAGCUUCAGGGAGGGUCUGUUGGUGAUGGCGGGGGACCUGAACCUGCCGCUCGAACCCCGCCUGGACACCUCCAGAGGCACAAGCGCGGUGCCCGCACACUGCAUACAUACAACUCUGUGGGCCCUGAGCAGGCUGGGGCUGGUGGACUGCAGGAGGGCUAGUCACCCGGAUGACCGAGACUACACCCAUUACUCGGCGGUCCACUCGCACUACAACCGCAUUGACUACAUAUUCCUUGCGCAAGAAUUUCUGACUCUACUGCAUAAUACCGACAUCGAGCUGAUGGAACACUCCGAUCAUGCACCUGUGGUGGCUCGCACAAGAUCCCCACUGUUUAAACCUAGAGAACGACAGUGGAAACUUAAUGAGUCCCUUCUCGACGAUCUCGAACUCAAGACCACGGUAGUUGA